CAGCUCCACUUCCAAGUGCCAAAGCGGGGCGCCACCGCCACAGCAUGGCGCUUCCAGCGAUCUCGUGGCCGCUCAUCUCCCUCCUCCUCGCCGUGACGCCAGCCCAUAGCACCUGUGAGGAGAGCGUGCGCAUCGCGGGCGCAGGCGGCUUGCUGCAAUGCUACCCGGCGCCGGCGCUCAGCAACGCCACGAACGGCACGGCGUUUCGUGCCACCCUGCUCCCGCUCCUCCGCUCUCUCCCCUCCGCCGCCGCGCCCACGGGCUUCGCCUCCCUACGGUCCGUCACUCGCGGGGAGCGCGCGUUCGCGCGGGGGCUCUGCCUCGGCAACUCCACGGUGCCGUCCGAGUGCGCCCGGUGCCUGUCCGCCGCGGCUGGGAACCUCACCGCCGGCUGCGGCUCCACCAGCCGGCGCGCCGGCUUCUGGAGCGACCGGUGCUUCCUCGCCUACGCCGACACCAACACAUCCUCGCCUAGCGAGGACGCCUUCCGCGCUCUCGUCCUCCUCGACGCCGUCCCUGCCUCUAAGGUCAACACCAAAUCCUUCUACUACGUCCACCUGCACGAUGAGCUGGUCGCCAUGGCGCAGCAGGUGGCGCGGCGCGCGGCCGCGAACAUCUCCGGGCCGCGGAUGCUGGCCACAGCGGAGGAGAGCAACUCCGAGAGCGCGGUGAGCAGAACAGUGCACGUUCUGGCGCAGUGCGGGAGGGACCGCACGGCGGCGGGCUGCGUCCGGUGCCUGCAAAACUCGGUGCACGCCGUGGACUGGGACCUCAACGCUGCCCGCGUCGACGGUGGCGUGGCGGCCGCGGUGGUGGGCUUCAACUGCUACAUGCGGUUUGAGGUCUCCACUGCAGCGUGUGGCGACACUAUCUGGGGCGCUGUAGCACCGGUGCUACUCGUGCUAUGUAUGUUGGCAGGAGGCGCAUGUGGGUGUAUGUGUGCUUUACCCUGAUGAAGUGGAGAAAGAAGGAUGAAGCAACCACAUGUGCGUUAUUUAUCGUCCACUGAUUGUCUAAUCUGAAAAUUCGUUACAACAUAAUCAGAGAUCAGAAA